UUUUACCUGCGUACUUGCUUAACGAGCUGACUGCCUUUCUUUCAGCAGGGUUAUGAGUCAAAGUGUCUAGAUUAAUUAAUUAGCCUACUUACACAUAAUCUGUGAGACUGUAAUGUAAAGAGUUACCAAACAGCGAGAGAAGGCACGCUGUUUCCCGGUGGAGAUUGAUGAGCAUCCCCCUCCCCAGAGCUCCUGGUGUUUCUAUAGUAAUUUCCAGCCAAUGAUCAGUUGGUGUCCACAUCCCCAUCCUCCUCACCUCAGCACCAAUCAGCCACACACAGCGACAGGAGACACCUCACCUCCAGUCAUCGCUCCACGGACAACAGGCUCAACCCGGACGCCAUCAUAAAUAUAUACAUUUUCUUCUACUUUUCUUCUCACGGAGAAUGGCGUUUUGUGCGUAAAGAUGGUGUUUUUGUAGUGAUCACUCGGCGUGUGUUUAUUGUGUAUUCAUCGCAGUAAUGUGCUGCUCUAGUGUCUGGAUUGUCUGUGAAGUGGAUAAACCAGGAUGGUAACGUGUUGUAUCUAACAAGCUUCACCUUUACAAAAAACAACUGCCACCCUCCCCUGAAUUUUUCUUGUGAGUACUAGAAACUUAACAGUCAUGUCUAAUCUUAACAAUGCACUUUGCAUUGAAAGCGGCCAGAGCAGCGACGUGUCACUCUUGCAAAAGGAUAAUCUUCAGGAUGGUGGAUUAAGCCAGCUGUUGGAUUACAAUGCCGAAAUGGAAAGGUACAGGUCGUUUGCAAACUUUUACAAAACCAAUGGGGCAUUUCCACAGACUGCUAAGAUUGCCCGCAUAACGACACCAAUUUUUCCCAGUGCCAGAAUCGGCGUGUCCCCUUGGAACUGUGAUAACGGCAUGCUCUGGGGAAGGAAAUCAGCAGCAAUAAACCCUAAUAGGACCAGCAUGCAUAGAAAUGACUCCCAAAGGCCGGGGAAACCUGGCGUGCCGCCAGAGACGCUGCAAAUGGCAAAUAAUAAUUUCCUCUCUAGCUUAUCCCCUGAACACUGCAGACCUUUAGCAGGAGAAUGCAUGAACAAGCUGAAAUGCGGUGCUGCUGAAGCAGAGAUAAUGAAUCUCCCGGAACGUGUUGGAACUUUUUCCGCUAUUCCGGCUUUAGGGGGCAUCUCAUUACCUCCCGGGGUCAUCGUCAUGACAGCCCUUCACUCCCCCGCAGCCUCAGCAGCCGUUACAGACAGUGCGUUUCAAAUUGCCAAUCUGGCAGACUGCCCACAGAAUAAUUCCUCUGCAUCCAGCGGAAACCCAGCGAAAAAGAAAAGGAAAAGGUGUGGGGUCUGCGCGCCCUGCAGGAGGCUAAUCAACUGUGGAGUGUGCAGCAGUUGUCGGAACCGUAAGACGGGGCACCAGAUCUGCAAGUUUCGGAAAUGCGAGGAGCUAAAAAAGAAGCCUGGCUCAUCACUAGAGAGAACACCAGUAAACAACGGGGAAGCAUUUCGAUGGUUCUUUUAGGACUCUGAAACAAGUGACAUCAUAUGCAUUGAUGCCACAGACUUACCACAAAAAGAACUUGUAGGGCUACAAGGACCCAAGAAGCCCAGACUGUGGAUGACAGAGCAUGAGAGAGGGUGGGACAAGCUAAACAAA